UGGGUGGGAAAUAUGUCCCAAUCUGGCAACACUGACGUUGGGCUUACAGGAAGCGUCCAAACAAAAGGAAAACAGCGCAGUUUUCCACCAGUUUCUCCACCAAAAAUGCGUUUAAGAUCCUAAAAUCGUGCGGGAAACACUCUACUAAAAAGGGAUUUCACGGGUUUGAAACCCCAGAUGUCUUGAUGAGCGGUGGAAAAAUCGCUGAGCGCACUUGUGGUUGGGUUAAUGUGUGUUUGGUUUGAUGCCCAUCGGCGGCUCUCUGCCCAUCCAUCAGCCGUGCUCUGGUCCACCUUAACGGGGAUCUAGAGCUAUACACCCUCGAGUCGUACGGACGACACGCCCAUAACGCCUUAUCCCUCACCAGGGUGUCUGUAGUCCCAGAAGAGGAGGGGUGCGGAUCUCUAGAGAGGCAGGAUGCCUCGGCUGCAGUCGGGCGUGUGGAAGCACUUCACCCCCGCCAUCAAGGACGGCCGGGAGACCUACAUGUGCAACUACUGCUCCAAGACCAACUCCAAGAACGCCACCAAGAUGCAGAUGCACCUGGACAAGUGCAAGGAGUACUCGGUGUUCUCCCAGCAGUCGCCGGGGCCCGACGGCAGCUCGUCGGCCUCCAUCCCCGUCCCGUCCUCCUCCUUCCUGCCCUCGUCCACGCCGGGCGGCGGCGGCCAGUUCCUCAUCGACUCGGUGGACCAGGGCAGCCAGGCCUUCGCCGACGAGUGCCUGGCCCGCGCCGUGUACGCCACGGGCUCGCCGCUCUCGCUCACGGACGACGUGUACUGGCGGCGCUUCUUCGGCGUGCUGCGGCCGGCGUACUGCCCGCCCACGCGGCAGGCCCUGUCGCUGCACCUGCUGGACUGCGAGUACGAGCGCGUGCAGGGCCAGGUGCACCGCGCCAUCGGCAAGGCGGACUGCGUGGCGGUGGUGAGCGGCGGCUGGGCCGUGGCGGGCGGCGCCGCCGUCCGCUACGUGGUCUCCACGCCGCUGCCGCUCUUCUACAAGAGCGAGGCGCGCGAGGAGCGCGCGAGCAUCGGCGAGGCGCUGAAGGCGGUGAUCGGCGAGGUGGGGCCGCAGCGCGUCUUCGCCGUGGUGACGGACGACGCCCCCGACAUGGCGGCGGCGUGGGCGCAGGUGGAGGAGGCCUUCCCCCACGUGUCGGCGGUGGGCUGCACGGCGUUCGGCCUCCGCCGGCUCUUCGACGAGGUGGCGGCGCAGCCGUCGCUGAGGGCGCUGGGGCAGCGGGCGGAGCAGGUGGCGCGCUACGUCCGCGAGCGGCCGGCGCUCGCCGAGACGUUCCGCCACUGGCAGAGCUCCAAGAUAAGGGGCGGGGCCGCGGCGCUGCUCUCGGCGCCCCCGGCGGCGGCGGCGUGCCCCGGGGCCGACUGGACGGGCGCGCUUGGCGUGUUCGACGGGCUGCUGGAGGGCCAGGCCACGCUGCAGGAGAUGGCGCUCUCGCCGACGCUGGACGUGGAGGCGGCGGUGCGGUCCUCGCUGCAGGACGCCGCCUUCUGGAAGGGCGUGGCCAGCAGCCGCAACCUGCUGUCGCUGGUGGGGAACCACAUCGAGCACGCGCGGCGGGAGGACGCCGUGCUCUCGGGCGUGGUGGAGACCUUCGGCCAGCUGCGCUACCACCUGGGCGCCGCGCUGCCCGGCUCGGCGCUGCACGGCGGCGAGCAGAAGGCGGUGGCGGCCGCGCUGGACCGCUGCCAGGCGUUCUGCGUCAAGCCCAUCCACGCCGCCGCCUACAUGCUGGACCCCAAGCACGUGGGCCAGCAGACGCUGUCGGGCGAGCAGAUCAACUCGGCCUACUUUGUCAUCUCCAACAUCUCGCACCACCUCCACCUGGACCAGGGCAAGGUGCUGGCCAGCUUCGCCCGCUUCUCGGCCAAGGAGGGGCUGUGGAAGGGCGGGGGCAUCUGGAGCUCCUGCCAGCACGUGUCGCCCUCCACCUGGUGGAAGGGGCUGUGCUCGUCGGAGCCGCUGUCGGCGGUGGCGUCGGCCAUCCUCCAGAUCCCGCCCACCACGGCGGCGUGCCAGGCGCUGGACGCGCGGCUGGCGGAGGCCAAGGCGCGGGGGGGCGGGGCCGGGGGCGUGGCGGCGGAGCGGCUGGAGCGGCUGGUGGCGGUGCAGACGAACCUCCGCGUGCUGGAGCCCAGCGAGCACGACUUCGCCUCGCCGGAGAGCGAGGAGGAGGUGAAGGUGUCCUUCGAGUCGGAGACGCAGUAGGACUGGUUUCGGGGGGGGGGCGGGUUUGGCGCGGGACGGGGGCUGUGAUGCGUCGGACGCCUGGUUCGACCAGCGAAGGUUAACUUUGUAAGUUAUGGGGAGGGGGAAAGAUUACGUCACUGUGAGCGUUGGAAGACAUUUUGGCCCCGAGACUCAGAGUCAAGAUGUGUUCCUGACAGUUUCCUAACGAGGAACAGAUCGGGAAAUUAACAGAGGAGGAUAUUGUGAAGAAUAAUAUUUUGGAGUCAAUUUGUUAAUUGGCUCGUACAGAACGAUCAGGACCAAGAUUGAUUGACCGACGCGAACGACCCACCUCAUGCUUAUACUUCCAUGGAAACAGCCAAACGGUGCCAAACAAACGUUUGACGAUAUAUUAUCAUUGCGGGUUGCGUUGAAGUCAAACGGGAGAAAACACAACUCCUUUCUAGAGUUUAGAUUUUGCUCGUCCUACAAGGCAAGAGAAUAAAGUGUAUGGAUAUUAAUUGUAUAGUAUGGUUUUUAUCAUGGAGGUGACAGGUUACCUGAUGUUUGUCUGUGUUUUAAAGUGUUAAAAUCAUGUUUUUUUUCAACAACACCAGAGUUAUGCUUUAAUGCCUAGUUGCCUUUUCUUCCUCUAUUUACUAACGGUAUCCUAUAUCAUUAGCAUAGGUAAGUCUCAGCCAAUGAUUUCUAAUAUACACACACAGAAUCUAUUUCUUUAUAUUCGGAGAAGCGAAAUUCAUUGGGAGAAAUUGUUGGCUAACCAGAAUCAUUUCUUGUUUGUUUUAAACUGUGACUGUAAAUAUGUUACCUGUUUGUUUUUUUAAAUCAGGCCUUGGUCUGUUUUAGAGGAGUGAGAAUAGUUUCUGAUGAUUACAAGAAUACUACAAAUCUAUAUAUUGGCUUUUGGAAAUGUCUAAACCUGAUUUGAUUUUAAUGGUUUUAAAUUAUGUUUGUAUCUGCAAGAUGAUAAAAUCCAACAACUUGA